AUGUCUCCAAAGGAAAUCUACAAUGUUGUCAGACUAGUCCCGAAGCCGGGCAAGUUCCAAGAGGUCGCCGAAGCCUUCAAGACUCUUUCAAAGUACAUCGAGGACCACGAGCCGAAGACGCAGAUUUACUUUGCGCUUCAGCCGCAGGGGACCGAAGAGUUUGUGUUUGUUGAGAAAUACACCGACGCUGCUAACCUAAAAGAGCAUGCAUCUUCUCCAGCGUUCAAGCAGUUCGGGAAAGCCCUUGCGGGAAAUCUGGCUGCGGCGCCGGAGAUCAAGAGAGCUGAUUUCAUUGCGGGAUUCGAGGGGCGAGCGAAGCUUUAG